AUGCGGGAGCUGUUGGGCCGCAAGCGGGAAGGCCAGCGGUGGGCUGGGGGUAGUAGGACCAUCGGGGAGCCAGCAGGUGGCGGGAAAGCCGAGGGCCGGCUAGCGGUUGAGCGGCGACCGGGGGCCGAGGAGUUGGAGGCCGGCGUCGGCGGAGGCUGGGGGCUGAUAGGGAGCCGCGUGGGCCAGAGGAUCGGCGGGGGCCUGGGAAGACUGCUGGUGGCUGUUGUACGGGCCUGCAACAUGGCAGGGGCCCCAUGGGCUGCAGGCGUUGGUUGGGGAGCUGAGUGGCGGCCAGGGAGCAGAGCACGGUGGCGGGCGGCUGGAGACCGACGACGGGGAGCAGAGCAUGGCGGCAAGCGACCGGGAGACAGCAGGGGGCCGGAGAUCGACGGCGGGGGCCAGGGUGCAGAGCCGACUGGGGGUUGA